AUGGAGAGAACUGAAUGCCCUCGUGUUUUGAUUUCAAAGCCUGUCGUUUUGUUUGAUAAGCUAGGCUCUGCCAGAGAAGGUUUUUCUCAUUACUUCGGAGAAGGCUGUGGAGAAAUGAGUCCACUCGUGAUAAGGAAGGUGUCUGCCUCGACUGCCUCAUCGGUCACAGGUUCCGAGUUACCUGUCAGUAUUGAAAAGCUAACUAUUACUCAACGCGAGAGAGCAAAUGCAACCAGGGUUUCAAAAGAGUUUACUACAUACUCAGAUAAUCAGCCAGCUGUUACCAUUCAGGUGUUUGAAGGAGAGCGUGCCCUGACCGAAGACAACAAUGAACUGGGACGAUUUGAGCUGAGCGGAAUCCCACCCGCUCCCCGGGGUGUGCCCAAAAUUGAAGUCUCUUUGGAUAUUGAUGCCAAUGGGAUCUUGAACGUGUCCGCGAAGGAUCAAAGCACUGGUAGAACCAGCACCAUCACUAUCACCAACGACAAGGGAAGGUUGUCCAAAGCUAACAUUGAUCGCAUGGUGGCUGAAGCCGAGAGAUACAAGGAAGAAGACGAGAAGCAACGUCAGAAAAUCUCAGCCAGAAACAGCUUGGAAAACUAUGCGUAUAACGUCAAACAAUCGAUUGAAGAUCCGAACGUGGAGAACAAACUCAGUUCUGCAGAUCUGGAGGCGGUAAAAAGCAAGGUGCAAGAAGUAAUCGAUUGGCUGGACAAAAAUUUACAGGCAGACAAAGAACAGUUCGAAGAGAGGGAGAAAGAUCUACAAAAAGUGUGUUCACCAAUCAUGGCGAAGUUCUAUGAACAGCAGUAG